CAGUGUCAGUCCUAGCACCAAAGAGAUGAUCCAGGAGCCCAUGUGCAAACAGACUUUGAGUCAGAGAAUAGAUGUAACUGUGCUACUUCCCCAAACUCUUUCUGACCCUCCCUGGAGGAAAUUGGGUAGGAACCUCUAUCAAGGGUAUAAAGGCCAGGCUGGCACACACUCCUACUUAGUGCUAUCACCAUCUUCAUUGAUCUUGGCAGGCUCUGCGCAUCAUGUUACAUGCCUCCAUCCCCCUGGGGCCCUGAGCUCAUCCCUGGACAGCUGCCCUCUCCCUGGACUCCAGCCUGACCAGACUUCCUAAACCUGCUUCUGCAAUGGGUAAUGAGGAGCUGUGGGUCCAGUCAGCCUUGGAGAUGCCGAAGAGACGGGACAUCCUUGCUAUCGUUCUCAUCGUGCUGCCCUGGACGCUGCUCAUCACUGUAUGGCAUCAGAGCCCCAUCGCUCCAUUGCUCACUGUGCACAAGGAUGAUGGGAGUGACUCAAGGCGGGACCCCAGUGUGGACUCCAGGGAGUACUGCAUGUCUGACCGGGACAUCGUGGAGGUGGUGAGGACCGAGUACGUGUACACACGUCCCCCGCCCUGGUCAGACACCCUGCCCACCAUCCACGUGGUCACCCCCACCUACAGUCGUCCUGUGCAGAAGGCCGAGCUGACUCGGCUGGCCAAUACACUGCUCCAUGUACAAAACCUCCACUGGCUGGUGGUGGAGGACGCCCCACGCCGGACUCCCCUGACUGCCCGCCUCCUCCGGGACACCGGCCUCAACUACACACACCUGCACGUGGAGACGCCGCGGAACUACAAACUGCGGGGUGACGCCAGGGAUCCCCGCAUCCCGCGAGGCACCAUGCAGCGCAACCUCGCUCUGCGCUGGCUCCGGGAGACCUUCCCCCGCAAUGCCAGCCAGCCCGGCGUGGUUUACUUCGCUGAUGACGACAACACCUACAGCCUGGAACUCUUUGAGGAGAUGCGCAGCACAAGAAAGGUGUCGGUGUGGCCUGUGGCCUUCGUGGGAGGUCUUCGGUAUGAAUCACCUCGGGUGAAUGGGGCAGGGAAAGUGAUUGGCUGGAAGACAGUCUUUGACCCCCACCGGCCAUUUGCCAUCGACAUGGCUGGCUUCGCGGUCAACCUCCGGCUCAUCCUGCAACGGAGUCAAGCCUAUUUCAAGCUUCGAGGAGUCAAGGGCGGCUACCAGGAGAGCAGCCUUCUCCGCGAGCUCGUCACCCUCAAUGACCUGGAGCCCAAGGCUGCCAACUGCACCAAGAUCCUCGUCUGGCACACACGAACAGAGAAGCCAGUGCUGGUGAACGAGGGGAGAAAAGGCUUCACUGACCCCAAUGUGGAGAUCUGACCCAGGGGACCCAGGAGACUCCCUCUCACAGACCCUGCUCUUGGCCUCAGAGCCUCUCUCCCCCCGAUCGUGGGGGCCCUCAUGGCAGACUCCUGAGCAAUCCCUGUCACCUGUCCUUCCAUCCUGGAGGCUGCGGGAGAAAGUCCGGUGGGACACGAGGAAGAAAGAAAAAUCGUCGAAAGCACAGAAAUCCCAGGCCUAUCGUUCUCUUCUUCCCAAGACGACCAAGAGACUGAGUGGGAUAUCCUGGGAGUUGGGGAGUCCAGCUGAUGCCAAGCAGGAGCUGUGGGGAGACGGCCCAAUGCCCCUGCAUUUUUCGCCUGAAGAAUCUUCCAGCCAACACACAGGCCCAAGAGAGGGGAAGAUCCUGACACCAGGCUUGUGACUGGAUGACACUCAGUGUGGGAGCUAGUGGGGGCAAAAGGAGGCACCCAAGGAGAGAAGUGCUCCCUUUCCUUGGGUCCUUAUACUCCAGCUGGGAUUUAUAACAUUGCACAACACAGGACAGCCAGAGCAUUUCAAAAACCCAGAAACGACCAGAGAAAGCGUGAAAUCUCUCCUCCCUCUGCCCCUUCCCUCCCCACCAGCUCCUCGCCUUGCCUCCUUACCUGCAAGUUGCUCCAAAAUCAGACAUACCUCUCUCUGGCUUGGGUGGCUCUUCUUUGGUUCAUGUUUACAGAACUUAUGGCUGUGUUUAACCCUGGCACCUGACUAACCCUGCAUGGGGGCCCGAGCCUGUCGGCAGGCGCCUACCUCAGGUUGUGAUGGGACUGGCUUAUCAUCUUCUAUCCCUUCUCAGAACCAGCAUCAGUUGAGACACCACCUCUUGCACUAGGAUGAAAUCAAGUAACCCUAUUCCAGAAUGCUGAACUUGGGUUGCGAGGCCCUACCCCUGAGCCAGGGUGGGAAAAGCGGUGUGGGAAGGGGAAGGAGUAGAGACAGUUCAACAAGGCUGGAGACCAGAGCAGAUUGUGGGAUCCUCUCCCUGUGUCUCAGACUAGUCAGUCACCCAUCAGGCCUGGGUAUAUUGGGAAUACCUGCCUAAAGGUUCAGAGAGGGAAAAGGGGAGUGGCAGCAGAGGAUAAAAUAGAGACUGCUUCCAUUUGAGCAUAGGGGAUGGGAUUGGGAUGGUGGCAAGGAUGUGACGAUGUGGUGUGGCUCUGCGACUGUCACCCUCCCCCCUUCAGUAUUCUGGGCUUCAGAGUAAUAGCUGAAACUGAAGGAAAGCAGCCAAGAUAACCUGGAUGCUGGACAGGGAGAGGAGCUGAGCACAUACAAUAUAUUGGAAAUUAUUUUUUAAAAAACAAAAUGGAGAGAAAAAUUUAUCUUCUCACUGAGCCAGGAGCAGCCAGAUCAAGCUCUCUAUCUGCAAGUCACUGGCCCCCUCAUUCCUUCUCCAAACCAGAUAAAAAACAAACCUCCUCCCUCCUCCCUUUUCAUUCCCUCCAGUUCCAUUCACCACCAUACCUUGGGCUUGUGGUUUUCAGUUUGGAGAACAUAAAGGCUCUCCCACUGGACUGCUCUGAUAGGACCCUGCCCCAAACUGCUCCUUCUUCCUUUCCAUUCUCCUGGCUGCCCAUCUAUUUUUCAUCCAUAAUUUCUCUUUCCUAUUCCCUUCUUCCCUCUCCUUCACUCUCCCCCUUGAAAGUCGGAAGCACAAUUUUCCUCCCUGAUGAAGGAAAAAGAAGGGAUCCUACAAGAAGAGACUAACUUUUCUUAACCCCUAACAGCCAACAUCCUAUUUAAACCCAUAGGGUGUCUCUUGAGGACUAAAGGGCAUGCAUCACCCACUCCUGGGUUGGAAGGGGUUUUGGGAGAGGGACAGCCUUGCAGUAUUAUCCUAUUAUUUAAAAGUAAUAGUGGUGGCUGCCAAUUUUGAGAUAUACUUUUAAUGUCCCUCAAUAUUUAUAAAGAUGGAAACCAGGAGACUGGAACAACUGAGCUAAGCAUGAAUCAGGGCUUUUCCCAAUAACUUUAAUUUUUUCUUUAACUUCAAGGUUGAUUUGUUUUUAUUUUUGUGGGGAUUUUUUUUGUUAUUUUUGUUUUUGUUUUAGGAAGCAACUCCUGUUGGGUGAAGAUGGGGUAAGAGGGAUAGGAAACUUUGGGAUAGGCUGAAUUGCUAUUUGCCCAAGCCUCGGCCUGGGAUAGGACAAGAGAUAACCAUUGUGCCCCUUUCUGGGAACCAGCCCUGGGAGCCCAGUUCAGGUGGGGCUUGGGCUGGUUUCAGCAAAAGCAGAUCUCCUACCUGGUCAGAAACCCAGGCCUCCUUUUCCGGCAAAAUAAAAAUAAACAGAAAAGGGGGGAGGGAGAACACUGAAAAAAAAAUAACACCAAAAUUUCCGAUGCUAGUCUAGUGGUUCUCACCAAAAGUCCUCUUUUUAGCUGCAUGCAUAUUUAUUUAUAAUCAUAAUCCCAGCGGAUUGCAGCUCUCAUCUCUGCUCGGGAAUGAGCUUGUUGUAGACCAGACGGACCAUGUCCCUGACCGUAAACGUUUGUUCCAAACCCAGUCCCUUCCCUCACCUGGGGACCCCCACCCCAGGGGAAGUGAUGUCAGUAGAACUGGGAGGUCCCAGGAACACAGAGACUGAGCUAGAGGGUGGAGCCUCCUUCAGCUGCACAUCUCUUCUCAGUUUUAAUUGAACUGUAUUUAAUUUGUUUUAAAAAUUAAAAGUCAAAUAUGGUUUUUAACAGUCAUCAUCCCCCUCAGCCCGGCUGGUUUUAUUGAAAUGUGUUUGUAUUAAGAAGUGAACAGGAAAACCCAGAGAGCUGACUGGGAAAGUAGCAGGCUUCAGACGGAAUGUAAAAGCAAUCUCCUUCAGCAUGAUCUGGGGGCUUUUAAAGUUGUCCAGCAGUGCCCUGAGCCUAUUUUAUUAUAAUAGCUAGCAUUUAUAUAGCACCUACUCUGUGCCAGGCACUGUGUUAAAGUGCUUUAUAAUUAUCAUCUCAUUUGAUCCUCACAACAACCCUGGGAAGUAGAUGCUAUAAUUAUCCCUGUUUUACAGAUGAGGAAACUGAGGCAAGCAGAGAUUAAGUGGCAUGGCCAGAGUUUCCCAGCUAGUAGGUGUCUGAACUCAGGUCUUCCUGAAUGGUACUGUAUCCACCUGGCCACCUCUUCUUUACUUACACCUUAUGGAAAUGACAGUGAAAAGAAUACGAGACUCCAGUUUUCUGCUUGUGAAUAAGGAGGUAUCGACUGGUGAAUACAGGUACGCUUCGCUGCAAGCAAACUGUCUAAAAUUGUCUAGAAAAUUGUCUAAAAAGAGAAAUCUGGAGGGAUCAUUUUUUGUUUCACAAAAAGGAUUCCCCAUAGGAUUUCUUGAAAUAGCCAAUUCCGGAAUAGUCUCAACAGGAUUUGAUCUUUAUGUAACAUUUAAGAAACACACCCAUCAUGUAAAACCUGCCCCCCAGUUCCUUCUGCUUAUUGCCCAUUUUGUUCCUCCUCCACCAAGAACACUCAGCUUGCCCUCCUCAGCACCAGCUGAAGGCUGAGAAACUUGUUCAGUAUUCUUUCAGUAGAGAAGCCUGGUGACUCAGUGUUAGGGUCUGCGUACCAUACUAUAGGGGCAGCUACAGGGAUGCAGUGGAUAGAGUGCCAGGUCUGGAGUCAGGAAGACUCCUCUUCCUUAGUUCAAAUCUGGCCUCAGACACAUACUAGGCUGUGUGACCCUGGGCAAGUCACUUAACCCUGUUUACCUCAAGUUUCCUUAUCUGUAAAAUGAUCUGGAGAAGGAAAUGGCAAACCACUCUAGUAUCUUUGCCAAGAAAAUCCCAAAUGGGGUCACGAAGAGUCAGACAUGACUGAAAAAAUGGCUGAACAACAAUAAACACCCAUGCUACUUGCCCCAAGCACCACUUCCUUCCCCAGCUCCUCCAAACAGCUCUUCCAAGCACAGUCAACUCUUGAUUAUCCACAUUCUAAGGAAUACAUGUAAUAGAACCCCCUAAUCAUUCAACAAUGCCUGACACUCCAAGUGCCCACAAGCGCUCUCAGGGCUGGACACAUGAGCUGCAUGGUGAGAGGCUGUUUCUGCAGCAGGAUCAUUUUCAUAAUCACGCUUACCUUUGGCUGAUACUGAGUCUCAUCUGCCUUAGGUAACAAACAGGGGAGGCAGCCUGAGAGGGAAAAGCAUGCCUACCAUAGAUAGUUGAGAGAUGGCUGUUCUCCACCCCCACUUCUGGGUAGAAGAGGUAUGGUAGAAGCCCCAUGAGUGGGGACAGGAUCUACAAAGCCCUUAUUCCCACCCUUAAGCAGGGGUGCACAGGUGAAUGCUUAACUAUCCUCUCUAGAAAAAGAAAUGUACACAUGACACACUUAUAAGUUUUAGCUGCAUUAUUAACACUUUCUUAAGUCUAAACACUUUUCUUAAGUCUAGACCAGAGGUGUCAAACAUUCCAGAACCAGAUUGUUGACAGAACCAGAUUAAAAUGUAAUUGGGAAAUAUUUAACAAAAUAAAUAAAAAUACAAUAAAACGUAGAUAAAAUUACAUCUUAAAAACUAAGUCAACAUGUGGCCUGCAGGGAGCCUUAUGUCAGGAUUUGUUUCUAUUUGAGUUUGAAGUCACUAGUCUAAAAACCAACAAAAUGAGUGUUUCGGUUUGAGGGUUUCACUUUCUGAGGUAUAAAUCCCUACUCUGAAAAUGUGACUGCUUUCCCAGCUGUUCAGCACACCCCUAACCUUAGGACUGUGGGUCUUCUUUUUCCAGGCGUAACCUUAUCAAGACCAACCCCAUGGUUUCCCUCAGGGCCUCCCACCUAGGUUCUCCCCGCUUCUCUUGCUGCUUGGAGGGCUUUUGCUCAAGCCAGAGCCCUUAGUCAUUUAGGCUGAUACACAGCAGGGUGAUGGCAGGCAUCAUUCACCCCCAUUGCCUAGGAAGAAAGUUUAAUUUUCUCUCCCUUCCUUGGUGCUCCUGCCCACCUCAUCCUGGGGAGCAGUGUAGACCCCGAAAAGCGCGGAGCAUGAAGGAGCCAGAUUAAGAGACGUGAGGGUCCUGGAUAACCUGAGGACUAGACUAAUCCCCAUCCCCCCACCCCAAAUCACCCAAGAGGCAGAUCUCCUUGGUCUUCCACUUGCCCUCACCCUAUUUUGUCUCCUGGCACAAACGAGCUCUUACUAGUAGAGUUCAGGCAAAACUUCAAGCAAUGACUUUAUUGCAAUUCAGACAUAACUGAACCAACCCAUUGGGCAUCAUUCCCAGAACAGCAACACCUCAACUGUGGAAAAAGAAAACAAUUCCCAAAGGAAAAAGAGGGCCAGAGCUGCUCUCUUCCCCUGAGGCCUCUGCUGCUGCUUGGAUUUGGGAAGAGAAGACAGGCAAGGAGAGUCAGAAAGGUGGUUUGUGGGAGGGGAGGUAGCAGGGAUCUGGUAGAGACCCCUCUGGAGUAGUCCCACAUUCCCUGAGUGCUUAAGUGAUUCAAGGUACAGAGUGGUACUUCAGGACAUCUACCUUCCCUUUCCACAAGUGCUUCCUUUACUGUUUGAAUAAAACUUGAAAUAGGUA